UGCGUCAUCAGCCUGCGCGGCGGCCGCUCCUGCAGCCGCCGCUGCUGCCACUGCCGGGAGCUCCAUGGGCUUCUCCUGCGCGCUGCCGCGUGUCUGGCAGAGUCCAGGGAGCCGCGGGGCCUCGUGCCGGGGAGCCAUCGCUGCAGCCCGAAGCCGGGGCCCGGGUCGAGGACUGCAGGGGGAGGCCGCGGCGGGAGCCACGUUAGGGGCCUGGGACUGGGGAACUGCCUCCGACUUCACGAUGCCAGUAUGGACAGAAUAGCUUAUGAUGCUUGUGCCCACCCACCACUUCCGAGACAUUGAGCGGAAGCCGGAAUACCUCCAGCCGGAGCAGUGCAUCCCGCCUCCCGACCCUGGUCCUGUGGGAACCAUGUGGUUUAUCCGUGACGGCUGUGGCAUCGCUUGUGCCAUUGUCACCUGGUUUCUGGUCCUGUAUGCGGAGUUUGUGGUCCUCUUUGUCAUGCUGAUUCCAUCUCGAGACUACGUGUACAGCGUCAUCAACGGGAUUCUGUUCAACUUGCUGGCCUUCUUGGCCCUGGCCUCCCACUGCCGGGCCAUGCUGACGGACCCCGGGGCAGUGCCCAAAGGAAACGCCACUAAAGAAUUCAUCGAGAGUUUACAACUGAAGCCGGGACAGGUGGUGUACAAGUGCCCCAAGUGCUGCAGCAUCAAGCCCGACCGAGCCCACCACUGCAGUGUUUGUAAGCGGUGCAUUCGGAAGAUGGACCACCACUGUCCCUGGGUCAACAACUGCGUGGGCGAGAACAACCAGAAGUACUUCGUCCUGUUUACAAUGUACAUAGCUCUCAUUUCCUUGCACGCCCUCAUCAUGGUGGGAUUCCACUUCCUGCAUUGCUUUGAAGAAGACUGGACAAAUCUCCUGCAAGCCUUUGGAGUGACCAGGAAAGAACCAGCAGAGCCCCAAGUCUCUCAUCAGGAAAAAAAGCAGCCCCUUAAAGUCAGUUCCACAGAGUGCAGCUCCUUCUCGCCGCCCACCACGGUCAUCCUCCUCAUCCUGCUGUGCUUCGAGGGGCUGCUCUUCCUCAUCUUCACGUCGGUGAUGUUUGGGACCCAGGUGCACUCCAUCUGCACAGACGAGACGGGAAUAGAACAAUUGAAAAAGGAAGAGAGAAGAUGGGCUAAAAAAACAAAAUGGAUGAACAUGAAAGCCGUUUUUGGCCACCCCUUCUCUCUAGGCUGGGCCAGCCCCUUUGCCACGCCAGACCAAGGGAAGGCAGACCCGUCCCAAUACGUGGUCUGAAGGACCCCUGACCAGCACUGCCACCCAGACACAAACCACAUCACAGCACCACCGUCCGGCCCGUUCUCAUGAAUGUUUAAACCGAAAAGCAAAACAACUACUCUAAAACUUUUUUUUAUGUCUCGAGUAAAAUGGCUGAGCAUUGCAGAGAAAAAAAAAAUGCCCCCAUGUUUUAUUUUUAAAAGAUCAUCCUUUCUAUUUUUUGGUGACUGAAGCUGCUCUCCUUUUUUCCUUUUUAAAAUCACUUCUCUGGCCUCUGGUUUCCUCUCUGCUGUCUGUCUGGCAUGACUAACGUGGAGGGUGCUGUCUGCGGGCCGUGCCCACUUCUACUAACUGAGACGUGACGCUGGUGCUGGAUGGACCGGACCGGAUGCCUGGCAGGGAAAGCAUAGGGGGGCCUGCGACCCCCACUGUCCCGGAGGCAGUGACGGGUCCCACGGGACUGAAAACCUCAGCGAAGAUGGAUGCUUUCCCCUUGUGGCCUAGAGGGGCAGGAUCAGGGCUGGAGCUCCCAGCAGGGCCUCAUCCCCCAGGUGGACAGUUUGCCCCCUAAUCCACGAAA